AUGGCGGCGCAGUUGACGGUGCUGAUGCGGCGGGAGAAGCGGGAGGCGACGGGGGGAAGCAGCGCGCGGACAGAGGCUCCUCAAUGGCCGCGGGUCGAAAGGCGCAGCUUGGCGUCUGGCGGCGACCGCGCCCACGAGGUGGCGGCGCAUAGGAACGGCGCGCGGGCAGGAGGAGUGGCGCGAGAGGAGGCGUGGGGUGCAGGGGGAGAAGAGAGGGAGGGGAAAGGAGAGAGAGGAGUGCGGGAAGGGAGAGAAGGGAGAGAAGGCCAGGCACUGGCUUUUACUGGUGCGAGUGGUUGGAGCGCAGCAGCAGCAGCAGCGACUUCCUCUUUCGCAGCUGCCUUGGAUCGUCGCUCCCUAGGCCCUCUCAGGGCGUUCUACACAGCGAUUCAGCUGGGCUCGCAGCAGCAGGCGCUGCAGGUGGGGGUGGCAACAGCAGCAGCCAUGAUUGCCGUGCCCUGCCUCUGCGCCUCCUGCGCUGUCUCCGGCCGCCUCUCCCCUCCCUCCAUCCCUGCUGCUCCCAACGCCCCGACCCCCAGCCCACCAUUCGCGGUACCCCUCAGCACCACAGCAGCCAUCAUCCCCCCACCAUUCGCAGUACCUCUCAGCACCACAGCAGCCAUCAUCCCGUGCAUAUCUCCUGACAAGUGCCAGCUGCUUGGGAACGGCUUUGGCUGCUCACUAGUCAACGCCACCGACCUCUCCUGCCAGUUCAACCUGCCUCUGCUCUCGGGGGGCGCCCUGGGGGGAAGUCUCGUGGGCACUGUCGUGCAAGACGUGGUGCUGCUGCCGGGGGGAGUGGGGGAGGGAGGUGGCUUGUCUCAGUCUCCAGGCCUUAUCUUAUCAUUGUCCACACUGGCUUCCCCUCCUCUCAAACCCCCCUCUCCUCCCCCUCCAUACAUAUUACCCUCCCAUUUUCUCGUUCCUCCCUUUUCCUCCCUUUCCCCUCCCUUUUCCCUCCCCCUCCCCUCCCCUCCCCUCCCUUUUUCCUCCUCUCCCUCUUCCCUCAGCUGUGCACAGCAGGACGGGGAGGCAUCAGCCCUCUCCUCCUCUCUCUACCCCGAUGGCCUCCUCUCCCUCUCCCGCUCAGCCACCUCCCUCCCCUCGCAACUCGUCGCCCCUUUCCCCGCCUCCCCUGCUGCCGCAGCAGCUGAGGGUUACCCUGGGGGAGGGGGAGAAGGAUGGGGAGGAGCAGCAUCAGCAGCGCAAGAAUCCCUAGCACGUCAUGUGAGCAUUUACUCGUUGACGCCUUCCUAUCCUUCAUUCCUAUGUUUACUCAAGUGUGCGGACCUGGUUUACAUUGCGCACAACUGGAACGUUGUGCGCAAUUGGUACAACAAGGAUGGGGCCAGCACGGUUGUGCCCGGGAACAUCCCGGAUGCCCCUAUCCCCCACGGCUACAACAUGGACGAGGAGGAGGAGGAUGACCUGCUGGGGGGGGAAGGAGAUGAUGCAGUGCUGGCGGAUGAGUAUGGGGAAGGGGUGGUGGUGGAAAAGCCCCGCAAGGAAAUAGGCUCAUCGCUGCAGGUGGCAGCACAGCCACUGCCGCUGCCAGGCAUGACAUGGGAGUCGGUGCCAGAGCAGGGCCGGGGAGCUGUCAUCAGCUCCUCUGCGCCCCUCACUGCUCUGCCCCCCACCGCUUACAAUGCCUUUGUCAAACAGGUGCUGCUGCUGGUACCCGGUGCGAAGCUCACAGCCACAGCACCGCCCACCCUGCCAGUGCAGCUGGACUGCUACGACCUGCCUGCCACUGUCAACAUCUCCUCCCGCGCAGCGCUCUUGGCCUCCUUCCCUCUCGCCCGCCUGGACUUCACCAAUGGAGCCUUCUGGUGGUUACCACCGGACACGUAUCUCCUGCUGCCCGACCCAGCAGCCCUGCCCAGGACAGUGUGUUUCGCGCUGCAGAAGACAUUGACCAACACUCCCCACACCAUCAUUGGAGCGCCCUGGCUGUUCAACAAGCAUGUCUACUUCAACAACGUUGCUUCCCGCAUUUCAUGGGCCGACAUGAACUGCACAACGUCCCAGCCACUCAAGUACAAGUGGAACAAAACACCCCCGCCUCCCUCCCCCAGUCCCCCCUUCCCCCCUCCUCCCAGUAGCCCUCCCCCUCGUCCCCCCUUCCCACCCCCGCUUCCCCCACCCUCUCCCCCUCCGUUUCCUCCCCCUAUUCCCCCGCCGCUUCCUUCCCCCCCUCCCCCUUCCCUACCUCCGCCUCCUCCCCCUUCUCUUCCCCCUCCUGCCUCCCCACCUUCCCCUCCCCCUGCGCCCCCUCCUGCCCCUCCUCCUGCCCCUCCUCCUGCCCCUCCUCCUGCCCCUCCCCCUGCGUCACUUCCCCCUUCUCUUCCCCCACCCGCCCCACCUCCUGCUCCCCCUCCCUCACCUCCCCCUUCUCCCCCACCCCCUCUCCCACCGCCAUCCCUCCCUCCAACCAUCCCCCCUAUUCCCCCACCUCUUUCCCCUCCAUCUCCCCCCCCACCGUCCCCCUCGCCUGCUCCCCCGCCUGCUCUUCCCCCUGCCCCUCCUCCCGAAACCCCAGUGAUUCCCCCCCUCGAAACUCCCCCUGUCAUGCCCCCAAUCCUCCCCCCGAUUCCUCCCCCCGAGCCCCCCCCUUCCCCCAACCCCCCAGCAUCUCCACCCCCACAAUCCGAACCUCCCACCGCCGCCCCUCCUCCCGAGCCUGCAUACGCACCUCCUCCCGAACCACCAGCCUCACCUCCGCCCACCGAACCUCCCCCUUCACCACCCCCUCCCGAACCUGAAACCCCCGCGGACUCCAACUGCCCUCCCGAACCCAGCUUGUGCGGUUUCAUCCUUGGAGGUUCGGAAACCACCGUACCUCGCAUCACGCUACAGCAGCUGCUGGAUCCAGGCUCGGCAGAUGGACUAACCACAGUGACUAUAGCUCCGACAGAGGUCAACACAGGGGAGAGCGGUGGGGGGGAGACUAACGGAGGGGGGGAUAACGGGGGAGGGGAUAGCGGAGGGGGAGUACGAGUGGUGGUGAUUAAUGUGGGCUCAGCAGAGAUCAUAUGUGGGGAUGGAGUGGAGGACAAGACAACAGCAGCAGCUACUAACGCUUUUUUCUUCCAAAGCAAUGUGAGUGACAGAGUGUGGGUGAGACUUGCUGCUCUCUCUGCAAAAACUCCUGUUAUAUGUAUCUUUCCCAUUGUGCAUGCCUCUCCCAUCCUGCAUGCCGCUCCCAUCGCACAUGCCGCUCCCAUCGCACAUGCCUCUCCCAUCGCACAUGCCGCUCCCAUCGCACAUGCCUCUCCCAUCGCACAUGCCUCUCCCAUCGCACAUGCCUCUCCCAUCGCACAUGCCGCUCCCAUCGCACAUGCCUCUCCCAUCGCACAUGCCGCUCCCAUCGCACAUGCCGCUCCCAUCGCACAUGCCGCUCCCAUCGCACAUGCCGCUCCCAUCGCACAUGCCUCUCCCAUCGCACAUGCCUCUCCCAUCGCACAUGCCUCUCCCAUCGCACAUGCCGCUCCCAUCGCACAUGCCUCUCCCAUCGCACAUGCCGCUCCCAUCGCACAUGCCUCUCCCAUCGCACAUGCCUCUCCCAUCGCACAUGCCGCUCCCAUCGCACAUGCCUCUCCCAUCGCACAUGCCUCUCCCAUCGCACAUGCCUCUCCCAUCGCACAUGCCUCUCCCAUCGCACAUGCCUCUCCCAUCGCACAUGCCUCUCCCAUCGCACAUGCCUCUCCCAUCGCACAUGCCGCUCCCAUCGCACAUGCCGCUCCCAUCGCACAUGCCUCUCCCAUCGCACAUGCCGCUCCCAUCGCACAUGCCGCUCCCAUCGCACAUGCCUCUCCCAUCGCACAUGCCUCUCCCAUCGCACAUGCCUCUCCCAUCGCACAUGCCGCUCCCAUCGCACAUGCCUCUCCCAUCGCACAUGCCGCUCCCAUCGCACAUGCCUCUCCCAUCGCACAUGCCUCUCCCAUCGCACAUGCCUCUCCCAUCGCACAUGCCUCUCCCAUCGCACAUGCCUCUCCCAUCGCACAUGCCUCUCCCAUCGCACAUGCCUCUCCCAUCGCACAUGCCUCUCCCAUCGCACAUGCCUCUCCCAUCGCACAUGCCUCUCCCAUCGCACAUGCCUCUCCCAUCGCACAUGCCUCUCCCAUCGCACAUGCCUCUCCCAUCGCACAUGCCUCUCCCAUCGCACAUGCCUCUCCCAUCCCACAUGCCUCUCCCAUCGCACAUGCCUCUCCCAUCGCACAUGCCUCUCCCAUCGCACAUGCCUCUCCCAUCGCACAUGCCUCUCCCAUCGCACAUGCCUCUCCCAUCGCACAUGUCUGCGCACCUGCGUGUAUCAGCUUUCACACAACAUGA